AUGAAGGGAAUCAGCAAAAUAGCAACCGAGCGAAGCCUGAAGUCGGCCUCCUUAACCAAGUCGAUCACCAUCUCGUUGUCGGAGUCGUCAUCAAGAAAUCCAUCAGCAUCAUUAAGAGCACCAGAAGCCAUUGCUGCUUUUUCGUUAACAGUUAAGCCUGACCCGCCAGCCACUGAAGCUGGCAUGCAACAUUUCCUGCGUCGCUGCACGCAGCUGCAGCACCUCUCGUUUUACUGCGCGCACGGAGCCGCUAAGCUACCCGAUGCGUUCUACCACCUUACGAAGCUGUACACCCUGGCUCUCACCAACAGCUCCGCCCUUGAGUUCGUGAAACUCUCGCGUCUCGUGUCGCUCGCCGCUCUGUCCGUGGAUACCAAUCCUCAAGACGAUCCAACCCUGUGGGGCCUCGCGCAUCUCAAUGCGCUCACCACCCUCUCCUGCUGCAACGAAACGCGGUUGUUGUUACCGGAGCGGGAGCAGGGCGAUGGCGCCUUCUCGUUCGCGCAGCUGCGGUUUCUCAAGUCGCUGGAGUUCGGUAAGAUCAGCCCGCGAUUCGACCUGAUGUUUCCGCAACAUUCGUCGUGCAGCCGACUCGAGCGACUGCUACUCCGUGAUUGCAACGGGCUCGAGAGUCUUCCGGACGAGAUUGGAGAUCUGCUGCCUUGCCUGCGGGAGAUGAGCAUUCGAAAAUGCGAAAACCUAACCGACUUGUCGCACGGGUUCGCCUCGCUGACCUGCUUGCACACGAUGUCAAUCUCCCUCUGCAACAUUGUCAGCCUGCCCGAGAACUUCGGCGAGCUGCCCGCUCUCAAGUCACUGUCGCUGUACCUCCUGCAUCUCACGGAUUUAUCUGCUUCCUUCUCGCAGCUCACGUCGUUGGAAACCCUAAAUCUGGUCGACUGCAAGGACCUCCGACAACUGCCUCCAAGAUUCGGAAAUCUGGCGGCUCUCAGCUCCCUCUGCAUCCAAAACUCUCCGCUGCUGGAACUCCCAGGAGACAUCGGACGACUGGCAAACCUCCGCGAGUUCUACCUGAGCGAGAAUCGCCCCCAGCAGCGGCUCCCACCGUCGUUCACGUGGCUGGCUUCCUUGGCCAGCCUGAGCCUGUGCCUGUGCGCCAUCGCGGAGCUCCUAGAGGCCGUAGGACAGCUGCUCAAGAAACUGACCCUGAACUGUGUUGGCCUUAUCCGUGGGCUGGACAGUGAAGACACUGCCACGUGUGCGAUUCUUCCCUCUUUGGAGGAUCUGGACGUGCAUCUGGCAGGGGAGGCAGAGGAGCUGCCGCUAUCCCUCGCAUUCUGCCCCAACCUGCGCACCUUGACGAUUCAAAGCACGGGCCGCAUGCAAGCACUUCCAAAUGACAUUGGCUCGAGCAUUCCGCAGCUGAGGCAGCUGCACAUACAGCAGGCUGGGGAGAUCACGGGGCUGCCAGCGUCUGUCUCGGAGCUCCACUCGCUGACAUCCAUCCAAGUCCAUGCUCCCAAGCUCUUGUCUCUUCCUGAUCACAUCGGUGCCUUAUCAAAGUUGCGCAAGCUAGACCUCUCCAAGUGCUCUGCUCUCGCUCGCGUCCCUGCUUCUCUCACCCAACUCUCAUGCCUCCAUGAUCUGAACCUCAGAAGCACCUCCAUCAGCUCCCUGCCUUGCCUCACGCACCUGACGCGGCUCAAGAAGCUUGACUUGGGUGGCUGUAGGCAGCUGGAAGGGUUUCCGGAAGAUGUAACAGAGCUGAAGAUGCUUCACCGGUUGGAUGUGUCAGGGUGUGACAAAGUGUUGGAUGAUGAAGGCCACAUCCAAAAUGUAGAUGUGCAUGACAUGUACGGGGUGUUUGUCUCAUAUAGUUAG